AUGGAAAAUUCAUGUAUUCAAUUGGAUGAAUUACCCAAUGAAAUUCUUAUGAUUAUUUUUAAAAAACUGUGCAGUAUCGAUAUACUUUAUUCUCUAUUAGGUGUUAAUAAACGAUUAAAUAAAAUUGUAUAUGAUUAUGUAUUUACCAGUUGCGUAACAUUAACCACACGUUCGACUAAUGAUUUAUAUUAUCCUUUAAAUAAUCCAAUGCUUGAUCGAUUUUGUUUACAAAUAUUACCUAAAAUUCAUGAUAAAAUCAAAUGGAUUAAUGUCGAAUCAUCAUCUAUGGAACGUAUUCUUCUUUCUACAAACUAUCCUAAUUGA